UGAUUGGUGAAACAAUAAUUUUAAUAUAAAGAAAAGGUCCAGAUCAACCCAUUUCUGUUGUUCGCAAGCAAGCAAGCAAGCAAUCCAGAAACAAAGAAGAAAAGAGAGCUUUUUAUUAGCUUUCAGUUCUUUUUCCUUGUUCUCUGCAACAAACUCAAGUUUCAGACACAGAAAAUCCACCAAGAUUAUUGUUACUGUUAUAUACAGAUAAUAUUACCCUCUUUUUUUUCGAAAACAGAAAAUCUUUCUUUCUCUGGGUUUGUUAAAGACCAUCUCAUCAGAAUCAAUUCAAAAUCUCUGUUAUUAUUAUUCAAGAUAAGGCUACACAUUUCAAAAUAUUAAAAAAAAAUUGAUUUUUAUUAUUCGUUUACAUGGGUCACCACCAUAACACAAGUAGUAGUGAUGGAGUUUCUCAGAGAGUUAACAGCCCUCGAUUUUCGGGCCCGAUGACUCGCCGGGCUCCGUCUUUUAAACGCCACACCACCACCACUACUGCAACCUCCACCACCAAUGGCAGCAAUACCCAUAUCAACAUUAGUAAUAACCAGAGUGACAAUAAUAGUCACGAGAUUGAUUUGCAGCAGCUUAAUUCACCUAGAUCUGAAUCUAUUGAGGUGUUUGAGAGGCAGCAGAAUUACAGUCAGUAUGUGACGCAGAGAGUUCAUGGUGGUGUUGUUAAAAAUUUCUUGAAUAAAAAGGGUGUUGGGGGUGGUAUUGGAUCUGUAGUAGUGGAGUUGGGUUUUAGAGAUAGGAAGAAUUUAGGGCAAUUAAUGUUCUUUUUGUUCUGCGGGCUGUGUUUAUUUUUGGGUGUUUUUAAGAUUUGUGCUAAUGGGUGGUUUGGAUCUGCUCUUGAAAAAGCUGCUGCUAACUCCAAUCAGGAUUUACCUGAUUUUACAACUCAAGUCCAUGAUAAAUAUCAAAACUCUCAAGACUCUGAUACUUACGGACAUGGGAUGGAGGUGACUUACGAGGAGCAAGACAUAACGACUGUAUUAUCAGGUGUAGUUGGUGAUUUCUCAGGAAUCUGGUCCAGACCCAACAGUGAGAAUUUCACCCAGUGUAUUGACCAAUCAAGAAGCCGCAAAAAGCUGGAUGCAAAGACAAACGGUUACAUUCUCAUAAAUGCUAAUGGUGGCUUAAAUCAGAUGAGAUUUGGGAUUUGUGAUAUGGUUGCUGUGGCUAAGAUUAUGAAGGCAACACUUGUUCUUCCUUCUCUGGAUCACACCUCCUACUGGGCUGAUGAAAGUGGCUUCAAGGAUCUAUUCAAUUGGCAAUACUUCAUCGACACAUUGAAGAAUGAUAUCCACAUUGUUGAGACAUUACCGCCUGAAUAUGCUGGAAUCGAACCUCUUACAAAAACACCAAUUUCUUGGUCUAAGGUUAGUUAUUAUAAAACUGAGGUCCUGCCACUGUUGAAGCAGCACAAAGUAAUCUAUUUCACUCACACUGAUUCUCGCCUUGCCAACAAUGGGCUUCCCGAUUCCAUACAGAGGCUGAGAUGCCGUGUUAAUUAUAGGGCAUUGAAGUACUCUGAACCAAUAGAAGAACUUGGAAACAUCUUGAUCUCUAGAAUGAGACAAAAUGGAAGCCCGUAUCUUGCUCUCCAUUUGAGGUAUGAGAAGGAUAUGCUUGCAUUUACAGGCUGCAGUCAUAAUUUGACCGCAGAAGAAGAUGAAGAGCUGCGCAAGAUGCGUUAUGAAGUGAGCCAUUGGAAGGAGAAAGAAAUAAAUGGAACAGAAAGAAGGUUGCUUGGUGGUUGCCCGUUGACCCCUAGGGAGACUUCUCUUUUGCUUAAAGGGAUGGGUUUCCCAUUGGACACCAGAAUUUACUUGGUAGCUGGUGAAGCCUAUGGGAAUGGAAGCAUGCAAUAUCUUCUGGAUGAAUUCCCUUACAUAUUCUCACAUUCAUCUCUUUCCACCGAACAAGAGCUGAAUCCCUUCAAGAAACAUCAGAACAUGUUGGCUGGUUUAGACUAUGUUAUUGCACUUCAAAGUGAUGUAUUUGUUUUUACCUAUGAUGGAAAUAUGGCAAAGGCAGUUCAAGGUCAUAGACGAUUUGAGGACUUCAAGAAAACUAUUAACCCAGACAAGAUGAAUUUUGUGAAACUAGUGGACGAGUUGGAUGAAGGGAAAAUAUCAUGGGAGUCGUUCAGUUCCAAAGUGAAAGAGCUUCACAAAGAUAGAGUUGGUGCUCCAUAUCUAAGGGAGCCUGGAGAGUUUCCAAAACUGGAGGAAAGUUUUUAUGCAAAUCCCCUUCCAGGAUGUAUUUGUGAAACAACAGAAGAAAAGUAGAGUACAUAUAGGCCAGUUUCCUCAUACUAAUUCAAGGUGUAAGCUCGAUGCAUACAUAAAACAGCAUGCUGCCUUUCUUCCGGGCUUAUUAUCACAGAAAGGCGCAAACUCGAUCAUCCAAAGUCAGGUGGCAAUUGGUUUACUGGUUGAAGGCGCUUCUGCAUGUAUAAGAUAGAGCAAAUGCAAAGUGAUAGCGAUUCUAACAGCCUAUUAUACUGCUCACUGCAGAGGUUUUAUACAUCAUUCUUAGGGUGUCACAAUUGAAGGCAGACACUCAUGCCAAUCUUCUUUAUACUGAACAACACUUGACUAAACAAUCAUGGGGCUCUUUUUGAGGAAAGAAGGAAGGUUGGGUGACAAAUUUUAGCAUUACUCCAAAAUUGUAGUACUGAUUCAAUCACAAUGUUGAAUAUCAAUAAUAUUAAAGUUUCAUUUCAAGCCAAAA